UCACAAGCCAAGCCACCCCUAUAAACCUGAAACUUCUACAUCUCUCUCACUCCUCCCUUCUCCUUCUCUCUCUAACCUCUUCUUCCCUCCUCAAUUCCAAACCAACACAUUGAAUCACACACAGUUAGUUACCUCCUACUAUCCACAUCUUAUCUCCCUACAAAACACAAUCAUCACGUUCAAAUGUUACAAUAAUAAUUUGAUGGCGAAAAGCGGUGUUUAUGAAGCGGAUCCAACCGUCAAAUCAACGGCGGAGUUGAAGAAGGAGUUACAGAGGAUUGUGAAAGCGAUUGUUGAAGAUGAAGAUGAAAUUGGACUCAUUGAUAAAGCUAAUAACACUCUGCAAGCAUUGAAAGAUACACGAAGACAACGAUCGUCUUCCGUCAGAAAAGUUAGCGAAAGUUCCACGACGUCGUGUCCGCUUGAGUUUCGGUGCCCUAUUUCUAAGGAAUUGAUGAGAGAUCCUGUUAUUUUAUCUACUGGUCAGACUUACGAUAGGCCUUUUAUCCAGAAAUGGUUAAAAGCCGGUAACAGGAUAUGUCCCAAGACUCAACAAGUUCUUUCACACACAAUCUUAACCCCAAAUCACUUGAUUAGAGAUAUGAUAACACAAUGGUGCAAGAAUCGUGGAGUCCAAUUUCCUGGCCCGGUUCAGUACCCAGAUGAAAAUAGGCUAACCGAAGCCGAUCACGAUCUUUUCUUAUCGCUUCUCAAGAAAAUGUCAUCCACACAAUCUGAGCAAAAGGAAGCUGCUAGAACUUUGCGCUCGUUAACAAAAAGAAUGCCGUCUUUUCGUGCGCUAUUUGGUGAAUCCCUUGAUUCUAUACCUCAAUUGCUGACCCCAUUGUGUCAAACCAAGUCUCAAACGGAAAUCCACCCUGAUCUUCAAGAAGAUCUAAUCACAACCCUUUUGAACUUGUCGAUUCAUGAUAAUAAUAAAAAGCUUGUUGCAGAGACGCCAAUGGUUAUCCCUCUGUUACUGGAUGCAUUAAGAUUUGGGACAAUUGAAACUAGAACAAAUGCCGCUGCAACCCUUUUCACUUUAUCAGCUCUUGAUUCUAAUAAAUCCCUAAUUGGGAAAUCCGGUGGUUUGAAACCGUUGAUUGAUCUUUUGGGAGAGGGACAUCCAUUGGCAAUGAAAGAUGUUGCUUCCGCUAUCUUUAAUCUGUGUAUUCAACACGAAAAUAAAGCUAGAGCUGUGAGGGAUGGUGCUGUAAGAGUGCUUUUGAAUAAAAUUGAGAAUAGAGUUCAUGUCGACGAGUUACUGGCGAUUCUUGCCAUGCUUUCCAGCAACCAGAAAGCUGUUGAGGAAAUGGGAGAUCUUGGGGCUGUUUCUUGUUUGCUGACUUUAAUAAAAGAAACAAAUUGUGCCCGAAAUAAGGAGAAUUGCAUUGCUAUUUUAUACACCAUUUGUUGUUAUGAUAGAACAAAAUGGAAGGAAAUGAGGGAAGAAGAGAGCAAGUAUGGGACUUUAUCUCAAGUUGCACAAAAUGGCACUUCAAGAGCCAAACGAAAAGCCAAUGGCAUUCUCGACAGGCUCAAUCGCGCCAUCAACUUGACCCACACCGCUUGAUCUUGAACGCGCUCCUGAAAAUAAUCUGUAAAUUCGACAUCUCUUAUAUCAUUCCACGUUUGAGCUCAUUUAUAACUUUGUUUUCCUUCUUUUCCAAAAUCAAUUUUGUGAAAAUAGCCAUUGUGAAUAAUAAUAAUAUAUUAUUACAUACUCUCUCAUAUUAAUUUUCAAUAAAUUGUGCACUUGAAGUUA